AUAAAAUGUUGUAUAUUCUAAAAUAAUAGAAUGUAUGCCUUGAAUUGGUGUUCAUAAUUGAUACGGUUUCUUUCAAAACGCGAAGUUAUAAACGUCUGAAAAAAUCCAAACUUUGAACGCGAUUGUCUCGAAAUCAUGUUUUGGAGACCAGCCGAUCGAGGUUUGAGCCAGCUCGUAAACUCACUGACGAAUUGAUGUAGGCCCUAUCUGACAACAGAUCUAACAACAGACCAAAACGUUCGAUGCAUCCUAAUAAACAACCUCCAUUGUGUUCAUAAUGGCGGAAAAGCUGCUUGAAGAUUCUACCGACCCUUGGAAAUAUGCCAUUCUCUUCAGUAAGUUCUUACUUUUCUUCAUCGAUGGCGGGAUCACCAAGUCGUUUGGAGUUCUUCUCCCCGAUGUCGUCGCCCGGUACAACAGUGAUUUCAAGACUGUUGCUUUGGUUUUGGGUCUCCCAAGCACCAUCAUGUUCUUCACCGCCCCAAUCACUAUAUUCUUGAUGAAGAUUAUGACUCUCACGACAAUGGCAACGAUCGGUGGUCUACUGAGUGCAUUGCCAAUCAUCUGCGCUCCUUGGGCUCCAUCUGUCUACAUACUGGGCAUGAUGCUAGCAGUAACAGGUUUUGGCAUGGCCCUCACGUUUUUCCCGCUACUGGUAUCGAUGAACCGCUUCUUUUGCAAGUCUUUCAUCUUUGCAAACACCCUGACCCUCUUUGGGACAACUUGCGGCGCUUUCCUUGUCCCUGUCAUCAUAGAGAGAUCUCUGGAAGCAUAUGGAUACGCUGGAGGGUUUCUGAUCCUUGGCGGUAUUGCUCUCCAUGCUGUGGUUUGUGGUGCCCUUGUCAGGGCGCCUCGGGAAAGGCGACGGGACAACUUCAAUUCCCCCGAUUCCGACAUUGCAGAAAGAGAUUCAUUGAUGGCAGUUCCUGUAUCAGACCAAAGUGAGAUGGAACAAACCCACAGAAGAAAUACGUCAAUAAUCUUACAAGAGACAGUCGAAGAAUCGAGAUCCGAGGAAGACAAGGCGAUGUCGAGUGGCAACGAUUCGUGGUGCUCAUGUGAUUCAUUUUUGGCCCAACUGAAAUCCUUCCUUUUCCUUCAUGAACCCCUCUACAUCGUCAUAGCUCCAGCAAUGGUCCUACAAUGUUUUGUGCAGGUCGGUUGGAUGCUCUUCCUUGUGCCGCACGCGGAAGGAGCGGGAAUCGACCAAUCAAAUGCCGUCUUUCUCUCAAGUAUCGCUGGCAUUAGCGGUAUCUUCGGCCGCAUCCUGUAUUUGAUUCUCCUACACCUUAAACGUGACAAUACCACUAUCUUCUGUUUCGCUUGUGUUAUAUGCGCAAGUUCAUUUUUCCUUGACUUUGUCAGUUCGUCCUAUAUCUUCCUAGCAGGAAUGGCUUCCGUUCAAGGAUUUACAGUCUUCAUAAUUGACUGCUUACCACACGCGAUGAUGAAGAUAUCGAUUCAAAAUGAAGAGAACAUGCCUCGGGCUAUUGCAACAAAUUCAUUUUUAGUUGGGAUAGGUUUCCUAUCCGGAGCUGUGUUAUCAGGUUAUAUCUAUGACGUCACAUCAUCGUUCAGGGUAUUGUUUGCUGUGUACGGUGUGCUUCUCCUGAUUAUUACAAUCAAUCUGAUUAUCUUCAAGCUGAUCGUUCGACGAAAACCUCGUGAAUAGAACAUGACUGCCAAAAGUGACAAAACGCUAUGUUUCUAGAACAUUUACAUCGCUGAAAAUUCUCGUACAGAACAAGGGUUCAUACUGUCGACUAUUGCAACUAAAUCCAAAUGGACGAAGGAGUAAAAUAUCUUACAAAUAUGAUAAAGAUGAUAAAGAUUUUGAUUAGUUCUUCCUUCAUAGGAUGUCAUUGACAUUCCCCGUUGUUCGUAUUAAACAUCACAACUGAAAACGAUUUUUGUUUUCAAAUAAUUUAAAAGCAUUAUCAUCAUUAGUUAAAGUGUGUGAUCUAGUGCGAACUGACUAAUUCCAAUAAAAGUACGUUUUUCAAUUUGUAGUCGUAUAUGUUUGUGAGCAAAAUUAUUUUAAGCACAUUUUUUUUCAUUUUUAAAGAAAAACCACACGUAUUAAUUCAAAAUGUGAGAGUUGAGCCAUCCAGCACCUGACACUUAUCACAUUCUUACCUUCACUGAGCACAGCUUUAAUAAUAAUAAUAAUAAUAAAACAUUCAGCCUUCUUUAA